GGAGACAAGUUGCAUUUAUGUUCUGCAUGCCAGCCUGCUGCAUGUGUGCGUGGGAGUAUUGGUCCCCUUGGAUGAGCACACGCGGCUGAGGAUGCAGCUGGGAGCAUGAGUUCUGACAGAGAGGAGUAUGACAUGGUCUGUCAGAGAGCUGUGACCCUAAUUGUUGACCUCUGCCUGCACAACAGCACAUCGUUGGAUCAGGACACCUGUCAGGAUUUCCUUUUCCUAUUGUCUGGCCACAGCUCUGACCACAAAGAACCGGACGCUACUUUUGGCCUCCUGCUCGGUGUGUUUGUGGUCUGUGGCCUGGCAUUGCUGGGACUUCUUACAUUUGUCUCCUGGAAGCUGUGCUGGGUGCCUUGGCGGACUAAGGCCCACUUUCCCAGUCCAUCCCUCAGCCCGGCCCGUGGCCCACAGCACUGCCCACUUCAGCCACCACUCCUGUUACCCAGCCCCCAGCAGACGCCAGUCACCAUGGCAACAGAGAAGGUGAAGGACCCCAUGGGCUCGAUUGGUUUCCUGGAGGCUGCGGUGAAGAUAAGCCAUACCUCUCCUGACAUCCCCACUGAUGUGCAACUCUCCAUGAGGGAGCAUUUCCUGCGCCGCACGCAACGCAUGCAAAGGCAAACAACUGAACCAGCUUCCUCCACUCGGCACAACUCAUUCAAAAGACACCUGCCCAGGCAGAUGCAGGUAGGCAGUCUAGACCUAGGAAAUGACUACAUGGUGGACAAGGAUGAAAAGCCCACUAGCAUCGGUCGUAUCCAGCCAGAGCUCUACCAACAGAAGGCCCCAGAAUCAGAGGACUCAUCCAACGACAGCAGCAAAAACUGUGGCAAGAUUAACUUCUCCCUCAAGUAUGACUAUGAAAAUGAGUCUCUCCUUGUCAACAUCCUCAAGGCAGUAGACCUACCAGCCAAGGACUUAUGUGGCACAUCUGAUCCUUAUGUGAAGGUCUACCUGCUGCCCGACCGCAAGAAGUUCCAGACUCGCGUCCACCGGAAGACACUCAACCCCACAUUCAGUGAGAGCUUCCAGUUUCCUGUGCCUUAUGAUGAGCUGGCUGCUAGAAAGCUCCAUAUGAGCGUUUUUGACUUUGAUCGAUUUUCACGGCAUGAUAUGAUUGGUGAGGUGGUGAUGGAAAACUUGUUUGAGACGUCAGACCUCUCCAGGGAGACAAACAUAUGGAUGGACAUCCAGUAUGCCACCAGUGAAAGUGUUGACCUUGGAGAGAUCAUGUUUUCACUAUGCUACCUGCCCACUGCAGGCAGACUCACACUUACUGUCAUCAAGUGCAGGAACCUAAAGGCCAUGGACAUCACUGGAUACUCAGAUCCCUACGUGAAAGUGUCGCUCAUCUGUGAUGGGAGACGUUUGAAAAAGAAGAAGACGAGCAUUAAAAAGAACACCCUGAAUCCCACCUACAACGAGGCCAUCAUCUUUGACAUCCCACCGGACAGUAUGGACCACGUCAGCCUCCACAUCUCCGUCAUGGACUAUGAUUUGGUAGGUCAUAAUGAGAUCAUUGGUGUGAUGAGGGUUGGAUGCAGUGCUGAGGGACUUGGCAGGGACCACUGGAACGAAAUGCUGGCCUAUCCGCGGAAGCCCAUUGCACACUGGCACCCCCUGCUGGAGCCCAAGAAAUCUGAGAAGGAGUGGAAGGCGAGGACAGCCAGCUUUGACAGCCAAGGCUCCUGCCCUUCACCCAGGCCCCCAGCCAGUCCCUGAGCAGAGCCACCUGUGACCAAGCAGCCCAGAAGGGGGUUUCUGUCCUCCUGCUAAACCACUUCCUGUCUGUCUGAUUGAGGAGAAAUACAACCCCAGCGUGUGUCCCUCUCCCACUUUCUCCCUCUGUUUCUCCCUUCCUCGAGUCUAGUCCCAGAGCACUCCCAAGAACUGAUCUCGGACUGCCGUCAGUCAGUUAGUUGUGUAAAACCAACUCUGUUUUCGGGUUAAAAUUUAGGGUCCUCAAUUUCAAAUGUGGGUGUUUUGAUGGCCCGAAGUCAAUUGGCGGACAUGCAGUCUGCAGAUACUGAGCUGUCUGAGCUGAGACGAGCUGAUUCCGGUGUCCUCACAGGAGACUUUUCAAACACUGAAGAUUCAACAUUGCACUGCAGAGACGUUUGAUGAAAAAAAAUAAAAAAGCUCAGUCGGAUAUCACUCCUUGAAAGCAGUGGAGGUUUCACAGAGGGAAGCUGAGGACACGGCCUCAGCAGAAAAGGAGAAGACCUUAAGAGAUCUGAAGCUUUUUCAAAACUCUACAGCUGUAUAAGAAUAAAUGAUGCUGAGUGUAGCAUUUUGGAAAUAUUAGAUAUAAAACCACUCCACCAUUCGUUAUUGUUUGUGAUGCUCCAGCUGAGUUUGCUGUACUUCCAGUUUCAUCACUAACAGAAGCAAUUAUCAGAUCUCCAUCUUACUGAAGAGAGGUUGGAUCAGACUGAAACUAAUAUAUUGUCAGCCUGACAAACUGCAGCUUUGGUGUGUUUUCAAAAGCAGACAUUUUACAUGACAAAGAAGAAAAAGCUGCAGGAUUAUUGGGCUUCACAGCAGAGCAAAUUGGCUGCAUUGCAGAUUUUUUUCGGGUCUUUGUCCACUUUCAGCGUAAGAGGUAGGAGGUUAAAUUACCACACAAAGGCACAGCCAGAUUUUAAAAGACAAAAUAUAAUUUUGACACACAAAAGUUUUCACAGAGGGAGCUGCAAAGGUUUCUGUAAACAGGGAAAAUGUGAGCACACUUUACACACCCUUACCUCUUUCUCUGUUUGAUGUUGCAAUCUCACCCUCUCUUCCAGGUGAAAACUCACACCAACGCUCAUGUUUUCUUUCAGAGAAAAACACCUUUCAGAAACACUUUUGUCACAUAUUGUGUUUUUUUAUGGGUUUUUUUCUUCAUCUGAUUUUGGUGGAUGUGUAUAGCUUUAUGUACAGGCAUCUGCUGGUUACCGUAUGUAUGUUUUAUCUAAACAGAAAAAAACAGAAGAGAAAUAUAAUGAUAAGGCUAGAUAAAAAAAAACUGACUUUAAAUUUAUGUAGCCUUGUUGGUGGUAAGGAUUUAAAAUAUUAAAUGAAAAAAAAGAAGAAAUUCCUUCCUUUUUAGAAACAUUCAACUUUCUUGAUGUUUAUGCUGUCUAAUUAUACUGCUGGGUUCAUUUACAGGGAUAAAUUAUGCUGGAUCUGUAAUAUGUGGCAUUUGGAGGAUAUUUGAUGUGAGAAAAUGUUUGAUCUGUAUCAGUAUUAUUAAUUUGAUUGGUCCCUGGUAAUUAUUGGCUCUCUUUACAGUAACUCAAGUUUUAGUUGGAUAAAAGAUGAUGGAUGCAGUCUGCGUAUCUAUGGAAUAUACACCUUUGAUAUGUUUGAUACAACUGCCUUUUACUCCAGACAUUAUACUGAGUUACAGUUUUGAACGGAUCGUUGCAUUGCUUUAUCGUACUGACUUUACACACUAGCAGCUGCAAUGCUGCACAAGUGCUGAUGAUGCAAUUUCAGUCAAGCUCCCUCAUAACCCCUACAUACAAUGGAUACUAAAUUUGUGUAAGCUUAAUUAAGCACUUACUUGAACAAGUUAUGAACUCGUUUUUUUUAAUAUCCAAUUAUGUUAAGCUCAUAAACUGUAUAUAAAAGAUGUCUGCAGCCAACGUGAUAUGACCCUUUGGUUAAUAAAGUCCUGUUGUGAAGCUUUAAGCUGCCCAUUUUUACCAUCACCAUGUUGGUGUUUUGGAGCCCUAUGUGAUGAGAGAGGGGUGGAUGAUGCUGAGAAACUGAGGAACACUCCACUCUCAUAAGGACUCAUCAGUAGUGUUGGGUGUACCAUGUUCCAAAGUAACACAUUAUAUAAUAUUAUUAUAUAUUAGUAUAGCAUUUUUCAAAAUCACAGUAAUGUAACAUAUUCUUGUACUAAAUUCAGUACUUACAUUACAGUUACAAUUAUGUCAUUACUUACAUUCCAAAGCAUCACGUUUUCUGUAGAAUUAAAAAAACAAACAAAAACAAAUUAAACAUGGCUUUUUAAAUGUGUAUUUACACAACAAUCAGCUGAUUUGGAAUGAUAAUCUCGGAAUGGUCUACAUCAUUUAAGGAGUGGAACUUUGGAUAUUCCUUUUAUUUUUAUUGCACGAAAGAACAAGAGCGCAAUGGCAAAGUGCAAACUCCAUCUAGAAUAGAAACAGCCACAUUGUACUGCUCACACAGCAUUGACUCUUUGCAGGCAUCUGCACAGAUAGCACGCUAAUGCAAAAGCUAGCAAAGAAAGCACAUUGUCAGUUCUGUGUUCAUAGGUGACACUAAAAGGCAGAUCUGAUAUGUUUGUCCUCAGUGAGAGAGGGAUUUGUGUCAGUUUGUGCAUUAUAGCUUUGGGUUUAUAUAGUUAGCUGAUUAUUAAAGGAAAACACAAAAUUAAUUUAGCAAGUAGUGUAACCAGUUAAUUUCCCGAAUGAGUAAUUAUGUAAUGUACUACAUUACUUAUGAGGAAAGUAAUGAGAAAUGUGUAAUGUAUUACUUUGGAGUAAUGACCCAAACACUGCUCAUCAAUCAUAGCCUAGACCAACAUAAAGCACAUUCUGCUUCAUUGUUUUAAACACUAGUGGCAAAUUUGACAAGAGAUUUACUGAGACUCAGUGAGCAGAAGGGUUUUUCUUCCUGUAGACUUGCAACCUGAUGAGUCGACCUCUACUAUUUAUUGGAAAAAAAACUUGCUUAUUAAGGCACUGUCCAAAUUGGCUUCACUUUUCAAACAAGGAGGCUAUGUUCAUCUUUUACUUACAGUCUAUUGUUUAAUCCCCAAACGUUAACUCUUAAAAUUCUUCAGCCCUGACUUCUGUGACUUUAUUAGUUUUCUCACAAGUACUUAAACAAUGUCAGGAGAACCAAUUCAGGAAAUUAUCUAAGCCAUCCUUUUUCAUAUGGAUCACACAACAUGACAUAAUCUGAAGUUCUGUCACUCCCAGAAAUGAUACCUUUUGGUUUAGACAAAGGUGCUGACUAGAUAGAUCAUGCAGGAGACAUUACAGCCAUUCACAAGCCGUGAAACUCCCGGACUGUUAGCUGCAUUACUCUCAAAUUAGCACAAUCAAUUAUCAUACAGACUUUGUACUGAGGAGCUGACAGGUUAAAGAUCAUCUAAUGCAACAAAUAUUUUAGCUUUUAAAGAUUCUCCAUCAUGUAAUAGUUAGAAAAAGUCAGCACCCAGAACUUUCAGUGCAUUUGUAAAAACACCUUUGACGAAUAGUAUGCUGCAGCAGGCAGGGUUUUUUUUAUUUAUUUAUUUUUUAUUCAGGGCAGAUGGCAAAAUGAAGCACAAAUUGCGGUAUCACAUAAAAUGAAUACAAGCCAUUUCAUGGUUCCUAGCUGGUUGCCGGCAUGGCCUUGACUGCUCUCUUAUGAUCAAGUUCGACACUUAUUAAGAUGAAAAGCAGUUUUUUAACUGGAAAUAUUUCGUCAUGGACCUUUACGCCGAGGCCACUGAGAUUCCAACUCAUCCGAGAUUUUUUGUAGAUGGUAUCAAUCAGAAAAUCCCAGGUUUCCUUCUUGAAUUACCGCAUUCACAAGAUUUUCAGAAAACUUGACUCCAAGGUCAAGGUCACCGAAAUUCAACUUUAUACAAGAUUUUUUGUACAUGCACGUAUGAUAUCAAUUUGAAGCUCCUACGUCAUGUGAUUCUUGAGUUAUCGCAUAAACAGACUUAGAUGUCCACACCACCCGCCCACCAGGUGUGGUGACGACAAUCAGCCUCCAUCAGCCUUUUACAGCAGAGGGGGAAAAAGCUAUACAUAUAGAGGGUGUCCAAAUUAAUAGGCUGCAUCCUCCUGAGGCCGCAUUUGUAGGCCGAUUACGUCACAGCAACGCGUCAAAGGCUGUCCAAAUUGAUAGACUCCUCCGAAUGCAGCCGACAAAUGCGUCCUCCUUUUCCCCGAAUUUGAAGGAUGGGUCGGGUGUGUCCUUCGUGGCCCACCAUAUCCCAGAAUUCAUAGCGUGGCUCAGGCAAUUCCAGUUUUCAACAAUGGCGGCCGCUACUAAGUUUUAAUAUUACUCUUAUUACUCUUUCUGGGUCACAAAAUAAACUUUUAAGAUAUUUUCAGGCGAGAAUGUAGUUGUGUAAACUUCAAAUAUCUGCUCGGUUUAUCAAGAUAUCACAUAUUUGCAAAAGUGCUCCGACACGUUCGGAGGCGUCUGUUACCCGCCAGCUCGAUAGCUAGCCAGGGCGAUAACAGCAAACUCCCCGCACUGAUUAAAACUGAUUAAACAGAAGUGUGAAUGAUUGAGAAUUUACAUCAAUGUCCUGUUAUAUUUUAGAUAGAAAGGAGCAGACGGCCGAGUUUAUUAAACUCCACCGAGACAGCUGGUGACGCAAAACUGAAGGCUAGACCGUCCACAGCCGCUCACUUCCGGCCUACCCGGCCUUCGGAGGACCCGGCCCACGUAGACCGCAAAGGCCGGGUCUUCAGGAGGAUGCAGCCUAUGGAUUUGGCACCCCCCACAAUAUACAGAUUUUUUUUUUAAUUGGCCAAUCUCUCCUUCAAGGUUACUUUCUGGUGAACCUCUGGACUGCUCUCAUUGAGGAUGUAUUUUUAGUGUACUUCUAAUCACUUCCACUUGUGCAUCUGCUUUUUAACGUGGACGUCAAUCACACAGAAACUCCUUUAUCAUACCAACCUGACUUUCAUGUUAAUUUAUCCCUGGUUAUGAGUGCUAGCUAUCCAGCAAAACUUUGUGAAAAAUAGUCACCUAUUUUACUGUUUUUUCUGGCAACUAUAUUCUUAUUUUUUAAUUACUACAAGUUACCCUUGUUAAUAAAGAUAUUCUGUGGUUUUCUACCUCCCUGCUGCAUGCUCAUACACAACUCUUUGUAAACAAAGGCAAAAUUUAACUAAAACUAUACUAAUAUUGUAUAAUUAGGGAUUUUUUUUUUAGCUUUGUAGCCAGAAUAAAAGUUUAUUUCAUAAUUUUCUGGAGUUAAAAUCAGGACAUUUAGCCCAGACAUGAUAAUAUGCAGAGUAAAUGUUAAGCAGGGAGGCUGACAGACAACAUUUAAAGAUUAUAUUUGGUAGGGCUUGUACAGACAAUUUUUUUUCUGACAUGAGGACCAUUUAUUAAAUAGUAAUUUUGUGUUAUAACAUCAGCCUACAGCAAAUUUAAUCUCAUAUUUAACAAUGUUCUUGGCAAUGGCACGCAACCGUCUAGACAUCUCUGGGAAAGGAAUACUUAAACUCAGCUGCAGGCUGCUGUACAAUGAACAUCCUAUUUAUCACAGAGUCUGUGAAAAUGUCAUUGAAAAGUUGGGUCCAGAUAUCAGACAUGAGCAGAUGGAUUCAGCAGACCGAGUAGGGCCUGUUUUAGUCAUUUCCUUCAUGGGAAGUUUACCCAGAGAGAGAGCAGUUUAAUACUGCUCUAUUUCCGUAAGAGGCUGGGAUGACAAAGCGGGGGCAGCUGAUGGGUGGACAGGUCAGUAUCUAUAGAGCAGUGGCAUUUCUCUAAUUGGCACUUGUUACCAUGAGAGUGAGUCAGUGCAUUAUUGUUUGUGCUUGGCGUAAUCCAUCAUAGCACCAACUCCCCUUUCACAGAUGUUUGAAAUUUGCUGUCAUCCACGCAGUUUUCAAUGGUGAAAUUUCUCUGUAGACUAACGCCAAUAUUCAUCGAUUUCUAAUAUCUUAUUUAAAUGUAAAAUCUGAAACAAGUGUUGAAAUAUUAUAAUGUAGUUUCUGUUCUUUUAUAAAAUGUACUUUAUGAUGGUCUAACAAUGUGGUGUGUUUUCAUAGUAGAUAAAAUCUGUUAAAUCAAUUGCCUCAGUUUAUGGACUGUUUAAAGACCUUCUGGCUUUGCCUAAUAUUGUAAUGUUUCUUGAUAUGAUCUCAUAUCCCUUCCAGCUGUUACGAUAGCACUGAAUUUCCAAUUUUUUUAUCGGGCAUUUUGUAUUUGUAAUAAUAGAAAUGUUUGAGAAAAUGUUAGUUCAGACAAAUGUUUAUUAUGGGUUCCUUUUAGAAUUUAGAUCAUUAUGGAGAUUCAAACGCUGAGUGAACCAUUGUGUAAAAAACUGAAAUGGCAUACAGUAUUUCCACCGCGUUCUUUUUGUCUUAACAAGUCUGAAAAUCCACAUCAGAAAAUUGCUUGUUGUUUUUUUCUCCCAUGGGGCGUGAUGUGUUAUCAGUUCUGUGACAUGAUUUUCUUUUCUUUGAUUAAAAGACUUCUGCAAAAUAGGCUCUGUGCUGAGAAUUUUCUGGCAAACACACCAUAUAAUGACAACACAGCCAGCGGCUUAACAAGCAGGACUGAGCACGGAGGAAAUGGGAUUCCGACUGAAUCAAAUGGUCGAAUUAAAUGAGGG